AUGCUGUCGAAUUUGGUCCUCUUCGCGAGCGUAGCCUCGUCCGCAACAGCCUACGUUGUGAACAAUGGAACGACCUGCUACGUCUACCCCGAGUCGUUGACCCAUUUUGGGCAGCCCGUGGACGACACGCCUUCCAUCCUGCAUGCCUUCGAGCUGUGUGGCACCAAUGGAAGCGUGAUCCUUCAGAACUACACGUACAACAUCAACCAGGUGAUGAACACGACGGGGCUGGUCAACUGUGACGUCGAGCUGCACGGCGAGAUGCGAUGGAGCGACAACAUCCCCUACUGGUUGGGCCACAGCUAUUCCGUCACGUACGCGAACCUAUCGACAGCGUGGUUCUUUGGCGGCGAGAACGUCACGUUCAAAGGUUUCGGGAAGGGACAGUUCUACGGCAACGGACAAGCGUGGUACGACGAGAACCGGAACAACAGCAACCAACCCGGCCGGCCUAUUGGGUUCACGAUCCUCAAUGCCAAGAACCUGUGGAUGGACGGAGUGUCCUGGCGGCAGGCCCAGUUCUGGCACUCGUUCGUGUCGCACUCGCAGAACGUCACCAUGUCGAACAUCUACAUGAACUCGACGAGCAACAACACGUGGUUUACGGUGAAUACGGACGGCACCGACACCUGGAACUCGAGGGACGUUUUCUUCUACAACUGGACAGUGGAAGGUGGCGACGACUGCAUCGCCAUCAAGGGCAACAGCACCAACAUCGUAUCCCGCAACGUCACCUGCUACCGCACGCACGGCAUGCCGAUCGGCUCCGUCGGCCAGGACCCGACCCACCCAGACUUCGUCAGGGACAUAGUCUACGAGGACGUCCACCUCAUCAACUCGACCAACGGCGCGUGGAUCAAGGCCUGGCAAGGCCGCGCCACGGAUAUUACUAACAACGGCCAAGCGGGCGGCGGCGGCGGCGGCUCCAUCACCAACGUCACGUACCGCAACUUCCGCAUCGAGAAUGUCGGGCAGCCCAUUAGUGUGACGCAGUGCGUGUACGGCCAUGAUCCGAGCGUGUGUGAUACAAGUAAACUCCAAAUCUCCAACAUAACCUGGGAAAACAUCACGGGCACGUCCCACUUCGACGUCGCCUCCAUCAUCCACUGCUCGCCACUCGUGCCCUGCCCGGGCCUGAAAUUCAUCGACGUCAACAUCACCACCGUCAACGCCUCGCUCGGCCGCCCCUCGCUCCCGCAGGUCAACCUGUGCGCCAACAUGGUGGACCAAAACGCCACGGGGGAAGACGCCACGGGGAUCCCGUGCCACGGGUUCGCCCCCAACGACAUGCCCAACGUGUUGUAUCGGAACUGGCCGGAGUUGUUGAGCGAGGUGAUUCUGAGCGUCACGGUGCCGGAGGCGCAGAGGGAUAAUUGUCUGCAUCCCGGGCCGGAUGCUGCUGCCGCGGGGUGUGCGCCGCCGCCGUGGUAG